UUUUGUCUGUUUGGAGUUUGACCAUACGGGUCUGGUGGACAGUGGGGACUUGGCGAAAACGAACAAGAAGAAUGACUCGGGGCUCCGAAUAGUACAGAAAAAUAUACUGCUCGAAGCCUUGACACUCGGAGGAUAUAAAAUAAAUAGGUGCGUUUGUGAUACAGGUGAGCGCGACAUGUCUGUUAGUCAUGCUAUAGACUGUAAAGUACAGUAUAUAAAGCUAUACGUGUUAGCAUUAGCAACAAAAUCUAAGACUGUUUUGGAGUUCUGCUACAUAUUACUGUGGGCUGUAUGUUUACUCAGUGAUUGUGACGCUAAAGAACCACGCUGGCCGCUUGGCAAAAUAGUGUCACCAACAGCAUAUUUGUAGAGCCACUCCAGCGAAUACCAUCUGUCAUCUGAGCCCAUUCGUGCUUGUCAUGGGGGGUUCCCUAAACUGCAUCAGGACUCAUCGCGUUUCCAGGCAGGGCACUUGAAGGAUGUGCCCUUCUUUCCUUGAUGGUGCCAUAAAUAGACUAUGGACUGCACGGCGAGUUUUGCUUUUACUGAAACAAAAGGUGGAGCGCAAACUGAAGUUAAAUACAACGUGUGUUUGCAGUUUAUAGACCUAAAGAUUCAGUGUUAUGUAUGUGCACCAAAGUCUGUGUGAGUGGAGAGGUUGUGCUGAAGUAAAAAGACACAGUGUCACUUCAAAACAGCUCCUACAUUUAAUGGGUAUAAUCAGUUUUUCCUCCUAUUUAUAACUGUCUUUCAGUCAGCUGUUAUGCACUAAAUUCCCCUGUGUGCUUUGAUUCUUUCUAAUAUUACCCCGUUUGUGGUUCUGCUUUCCCUUUUGACUGAUAAGUUGUGUGUUGCUAAUUUCAGCCAUGGAACCAUCGCAAUCUGGCGACUCAGCAGCGCCAAAACCCACCUCCUCAUCGCCAUCCAGCUCGCGACCUGGCUUUGUCUCAUCCAGUUCAUCUCCGGCGACAACCACACCAACAUCAGACCGCCCUAAACCAAAACUCACAAUGCCUACGCCUCCAGCCACGCCCUCACCAUCCACCUCUGCUACCUCUCCUCGAACACCUCUGGGUCUUUCCUCGCAUUCUUCUUCCUCGUCCACACCGCCUGAAUCCCCACUUCGUCAGCCCAUCAGGAGCCCCUCUCUAGUGGGCAGAUCUCAGCUCAAUGCAGCAUCCACUGGAGGUUCCCUAAAUGGAUCCACAGCCACUAAGGCUCCACAGCCACCUCCCACACCUGAACCAGGUGAGCCUCAAACUCAAUGUCCUCUGACAAUUAACCCUUGAAAACAUCUUCCUUUACUUCAAUCUUUACUCUGUCAAUCAGUGCAGCCAGCAUUGCUAGUGUACUGUUUGUAAUGCAAUGUUGCCAUGACAACCAUAGCCAUUUCCCACAACAUGGAAAACAGCCUCUCCUACUCUGCUGACUUGAGGAAAUAAAAGCUGUCAUACCCCUAUCUUUAGACAGACUUCUUGCUAAGCACAUCCUGAAUGGGAAGUGAAAAUAGUUAGAGGUGUUUUGGCUGCACUGGGGAUCUCUCAUUUUAGUUUGGUGUUUGACUUUGAAGUGAUAUCUACAUAAUAUCGAGUAUGACUGGAAAGUGUGAAACUUGACACCUUAGUCAUUUCACAGCAGCGUCUUUCAAUUCCAGAGCAAAUCCUGUGCCUUAAAGAAAUAAAUAUCAUGUACAAUUCAUCCAGCUGCCUCAAAGCAAACGCAAAAUCAUGAUGUACCCGACCUCAGUAAAAAUGGGUGGCAGAUUGCAUCAGUAUGUAAGAGCGUGUGUUCAGGGAAGCUAGCAGCUGCUAUUGACUGCGCUAAGUAAACAGUUAUAUUUGGGUGAAGGUGGGUGAUCAGCUUGUGUGCAGCAGCUCCACAUUAUAUGUUCUUUUCUUUGCUGCGACGGGCAUGCACAGACAGACCACUCCUUCACUCGGCAGUAUCACAUACUGCAUGUGGGCGUAUCAGAUCUAGGAGAGUGUUCCAACAUUUGCUUCCACUGCUUUGCCUCUUCUAUUUUUCUAGUAGCCUAUUCAUACUUCGACAGAUUUCCUCAUGUUUGUUUUUUAAACUCAACACAUGUGACACCUCUUCUCUGCCCAAAUGGGGCCUGGGAUUUGAGAGCAGCAGAACUUGUCAGCUGAUAAAGAAAGCAGCAGGGUCCAUAGGGAUGUUCUUAUCAAGAGAGAUGCUGUCUCUGGAAGGUUCUGAUGCUGACUCCCUGAGGCUGACACAUUGAAAUGGACUGCUCCCAAGUGUCUCCUAAUGUUUAUCUUUGUAACAAGUGGACAUGGGAUUUCAAAACACUCCAUUUUAGCAGUUAUAGGCCCCUAGUAUUGUGGCUUAUGUUUUGUGUAACCUAAAUUGCUCUUUCGCAGGAGAGCUGCCAAAGACAUGUUUGAGCAUGAUUUUUUGUGAAGUGAAAAACAACAUCUUCUUUGUCUUGUGCUCAUCUUAUUGUUAAUCUUUAUAUGCCUUUUAUGUCUUGUUGUUAAAAAAGUGAACAGCUGGAUUAGACAAAGAAUUCAUCGUAUUUGCUCAGAUGUCAUUUUCUAUUAUCCAUUUGUUUACAGAAGAAAAUCUUAAAUACCUAAAAGCAUGUUUCUGUAUAGGAAUCUAUAUAUAUUGUGCACUUUGCUCUAAACUAUCUUUAAAAAACUGCUGUUGGUUGUGUAUUUAAUUAUUGUCUGUUUCCUUCAGAAGAGCCAGAAGAGGAGGUCAGUUUUGAGGAUCUGGAGGAGAGAGCAAAGUCAGGAGAUGCUAAAGCACAGACCAAGGUCAGUGUCAAUGAAACAUAUUGCAAAUUUUAUUGACUUUAAUGGCCAUAUGUUGGGCACAGAGCAUAUCAGCCAAGUAAUGAUAAAUGCACUUUUAAAAGGGACAUAUUGUUGGGAAGGACAGGUCACAGUAAUGCUUGCUGAGCUACUCUUUAAGUCUGUGUGUGUCUUUGUCCAGAUGGGACGUUACUUCCUGGCACUGGCGGAAGAAAGAGAUGAGGAGCUGAACAACUGCACAGCGGUCACUUGGCUCGUCCAGGCUGCUAAACAAGGUCGCAAGGAUGCUGUGAAACUGCUGCAACAGUGCUUAGCUGCCAGGAAAGGUACCACAAUCUCCCAAAAUAUAUCUCUUUAUGGCUGAAAUAACUGCUGUAACAUUAUAAAUUCGAUACUGUAGACUGGCCUCAGAAAUGCAUUAGAUAGCUCAUGAUAAGAGGCCAUGAUUUUAUGUUUCAGGUAUCACUCUGGAGAACUUUGAGGAGGUGAAGAAGUUGUGCACAGAGACACGUUUUGAGAGAGGAGUCAGGAAAGCGGCUCUGAUGAUGUACUGGAAGUUGAACCCAGAGAAGAAGAAAUCUGUGGCGGUUUCUGAGAUGCUAGAAAAUGUCGAACACAUUCACACAGAUCCAGGUAUAUGAGAGAAUAAAUCAUAAUACACUACACUGAACGAAGUGCUUUAUAUAAUUAAAAAAAACUUUAGCUGGAAUUCUCAAAGGGAUUAUUUAAAACCCUUUUGUUUUAACAGACAAACCUAUCUCCCCGGGGCCACUCAACCGCUCCACCAAGAAACAGAGGAGAGUCCUGGAGUCUAUGGUGACCAGUGAGGGUAUGUGGGAUUUAAAACAUAAACUAUAUCCACAAGGUGUCCUCAACAAACCAGAGUAAAUAAGGUUUUUACAACUGCCUGUGUAUGAUUUGUGGAUAAUUCCUCUUGAGUAUUUAAAGAUAACUACAUACAUAGUUGUCAUUUUACAUAGUUCAGAAGUUAAGUAAAAAGAAAAAAAAGAUACUUUCAGCUCUGAAUAUUUUUCUUCUCUGUGUGGUUGUAGCCUCUUCUCUUGUGGGUCUUGACGAUUUUGUUGAGAUGACGAAGAAGUACGCUCAGGGCGUCGCACCUUCACCUGUCAUGGCUGCAGCAGGAGGUGAUGAUGGUGACGACGAUGAUGAAGUUGUUGUGAAGAAUCCAGAUGAGCUGCCUUUACAUGAAAAGGUAGGAAGCUCUCAGACUUUAAAGACAUGGCAGUUGUCUGAUGCCAAAGCUUUCAUGUUUUCAUCCUUCGAUCAGUUGAAAGUACAACAAAUGUCAAAUUUCUGUAGAAAAUUGCAAAAACUGAAAUUUGAUGUUGUGUUAAUCUGCUGAAGAGGAAAAAUCAUAUCUCAACUUUAAUGCCAGUGAGUUUUUGUUUUUGUGAUUUUAAAAGAAGUUGAGAUGUAGUUUUUUAACGACCCCGCCCUGUUCCUCCUAUUUUUCUCCUCCAGCUGUUAAAGUAUCCGCUGUACGCUCUGCUGGAGAUAAAGGAGCACCUCAUUGACUGGGCAUCAAGGGCUGGCAUGCAGUGGCUCAGUGCUCUGAUCCCCACGCACCAUGUCAACGCACUCAUCUUCUUCUUUAUCAUCUCCAAUCUCACCAUCGAGUUUUUCAUCUUCCUCAUCCCUCUGCUGGUUUUCUACCUCUCUUUCUUCUCAAUGGUCAUCUGCACACUGCGAGUUUUUCAGGUUGUUAACUUCAGACUUUUCCUGUAAAAUAAGGACACUUUGAGUUCCUUCUCUAUUCUCUAUUAUUGAAUUAUGUUUUUAGCCAGUUAAAGUCUUGUAGUUUCAUGUAUUAAUCAAGGUUAAGAUAAGAGAAAUAAUUUUCAUCUUUGUCUCCAGAAUUCGAAAGCGUGGGAGAACUACCGGGCCCUUACAGACCUGCUUUCUCACUUUGAACCUGGUCUGGAUCUUGAGCAAGCUGAGACCAACUUUGGACGAACACACCUAGAGCCUUAUUUGUAAAGACAUGAGUUUUUAUAUAAAUACACUCACAUUCUUUGUUGAAUAGUUUUAGCUAGUUUUGUUAGCAUGAUAAGUAUAAAUACUCCUAUCUCUUUGUCUUUGUAGGUACUUCCUCCUGUCGGUGGUCUUUGUAGUUUUCUCCUUCCCUGUUGCUGAAAAAUCCUGGAUCCCCUGCUCAGAACUGGCUGCUGUCGCUUUCUUCUUCACUGUCACUGCCUUCCUCAGCCUUCAUGCCUCAGCCCAGCUGUUUGCUCGUAAAGCUCUCCUCACAGAGGUCCUCUCUGGAGCAUGCUCCCUCACAUACAUCCUACCGGACUCCCUCUGGUUCCUCAAGUUGUUAGGGAUGACGAUCGUCAAAGUGCCUCUGGGAGACAUUGUGGCAUUGAACUUAGGAAUGCCGUGUCUGCUGUAUGGACAUCUUUUCUAUCUCCUCUUCCGUAUGGCUCAGAUGAAAGGCUUCAAAGGCACCUACCUGUGCCUGGUGCCCUACCUGGUCUGCUUCACCUGGUGUGAGCUCUGCCUGGUGUUCCUUCAUAACGCCACUGCAAUAGGACUCAUUCGCACCUGUGUUGGCUACUUCCUCUUCCUGUUUGCCCUUCCUAUUUUGUCACUAGGCCUGGCUGCGAUGCUCAUCAUCCAGUUGCUGCAGUGGUUUCUGGCCCUGGAGUUGACAAAGAUGAUAGUCACACUGACAGUUUGCUUCGUGCCAGUUGUACUGAGGCUUUGGACACGCUUCAGCCUCAACCCCAUUGUGGUGUUUCGCUCCUUGUCUGGAAGCAGCAUCGUCAAACUAAUCCUGGUGUGGCUCAGUGCAGUGGUGCUCUUCUGCUGGAUGUACGUCUACAGGUCCGAGGGCAUGAAGGUGUACAACUCCACCCUGACAUGGCCUGAGUACAGCAACCUAUGCGGCCCUUUGGCCUGGAAAGACUCCAACAUGGCUCAGACUCAAAUCCUGUGCUCUCACCUGGAAGGACAUCGCGUCACCUGGACCGGGCGCUUCAAAUAUGUGCGAGUGACCGACAUUGAGAAUGGACCUCACUCAGUGAUCAAUCUGCUGCCUGUGUUUGUGGGGAACUGGAUGCGUUGCCUGUACGGAGAGCCGUAUCCCUCAUGUGAAGACAGUAAAAGUGCUGCAGCUGAGCCUGGGCCCCUGCCUGCCCCGCAUCCUCCAUUUGAAGACCCCCUCUGUAAACUUAAGAGACUGGCCAAGCAUGAAUGUCACAUCAAACGCUUUGAUCGAUACAAAUUUGAGGUGACGAUGGGAAUGCCUCUGGAGAAGAAGACAAAGGAUGGGACCAUAGUAGAGGAUGAAGACGCCACUAAGGACAUAGUUCUGCGUGCCAGUAAUGAAUUUAAAUCAGUGCUUUUACACUUGAACACAGGAAGCGUAGUGGAGUUCAGCACCAUACUGGAGGGCCGUUUAGGUUCCAAGUGGCCUGUGUUUGAACUCAAAGCCAUAAACUGCUUGUCCUGCAAAGAUGCUACCAUCACGAGUCGCAAGCAGUACAAGAUCGAACAUGACUGGAGGCGCACAGCUCAGAACGCUUUGCAGUUUGGGUUUGACUUUUUCUUUAACCCUUUCCUAACUGCUCAGCUGGAGCAGCACUCAGAGACUGAAACAGGAACUGAGAUACAGGGAGAAUUGUAGAGAUAGAUGUGUGAUAAACACACACCUGUGGGAGAAAUUAAGAGCGUAAUGACACUCUUUACAGCUGAAGAACUUAAGAGAUUGUACCGCAAUGUUUCUACAGAGUUAGUUACUCAAACUGUAAAAGGCUGUAGAAUCAGUUUAAACCUGAGCAAGUGUGUGUUUGCAUUCAUAUAGCUUUAGAGCCAAAUUGUGUGAGAAUACAUAAUACAGUGUAAUAAAAUGUUCGCAAGGAGAGAAACAUAAACUUAACAGGCUUCUAGAUCAAAGAAAUAACCUUCUAACACUAAACUACUGUAUGACAACUACGAUCAAACCUUUGAAAGGGGUCAGCUUUGCAUUUAAGAUAGUCUAAUAACUUCAUGAAGGCAUAAAACUCGUAGAUGAUUUUGAUUUUGUUUGCUUCUGGACAGAGCACUACUUCUUUGGCUGACAUGUAGCAUGUGUAUCAAACGUUUGUGGACAAAAUCAUCAGUAUUUAUAUUUCACUCCUUAAACAUAAAGCCAGGAUGUUGGUGGUAGCUUGUCAAAGGUGGGGUAGGCAGGAUCAGAGAAAGUGCCAGUUUUUGGAAGAAAUCUUGACUGUAAACACUACCCCUCCCAACCUGAUAAUAAUGCAGGUAAACACUUAAGAUAAUUACAAGGCCCAGUCAACGUGGGUAAAAAGCAUUGGUGCUACUGUAGAUGCCAACAGACUACCAGCAAACACAAUGUUUGCAGGACUUCCACAACUAGGAUAAAGUGACAUAGUCCAGGACCCGAGGGAAACAGUUUAGCGGCCCUACAACACACAGCAGGUCCUGUUUGACAAAAAAACACUUUUGUUACAGACACUUUGCUUACUUUGUUAAAGCGGUUUACCAGUCCAGCAGAAAGGUUACAGGGUCUGUAAGAUCCGGAAGUGUCCCCCAUUGUGUAUGCUAGCUUCACUGAUGUUGACCCGGCUUUUUAGCCCGUCAGGUCUACCUCCAUUUUAAGCCCCCUUUACUCCACCAAAGUCUCGGUAUUUACUUCGUUUUCUUGCUUGUGUUAGCAGUUGUGGCUAAAAGAGGAUUCAGACAAUUUUCUGGUUGUUUUUUACUGUCCGAUAUUGUAGCGCGCUAACUUUGUUUGAGCUCGUGCACGUAAUUAGAGGGCGUGGAGCGUGCCUCACGACACGAGGGAGCAGCGUCUGCCUCUCAACCAAUCAGGUCGAAGGUGGAGAACGGCUUUGUUGAAAGUCAGAAAGAGCGGGACGCUCAAAAAUUUUAAAACGUUGAUUGCGCAGGGAUAACAAAACAGCGAUAUCGUUAUAUUACCAAAUUUCAUCAAUAACUAAUAGCUAUUGACUGAUGUUAAAAGCUUUUUUGAAUAUACACCGCAAGAAAAUAUGUUUCUUUAACAGAUUCCUGCCUACCCCAUCUUCAAGGUUUUCUGUGUAAUAAAGCUUUAAUCAGUGUUUUUACAGCAUUUGUCAGUUAUAAUGUUGGCUUUGAGGAUUAUUUUCAAGUGCCUUAUGAAAUAUCAUUUGAAUUCAAAUAUGUUCAAGACUUUUAUUUCUUCAACCUGAAUAUAACAAUGCUGAGUUGUAGCUGCUUUAAUACUUAUUACAGUGCAGGUGCAAAUUUUUUUUCUCUCUUCUCUUUCUCCUCCUGUGUUUGUCUCAGCCUCUGCUGUGCAGAGAUUUAAGAAUUAAUAUUUGCAGCCCUUGACUGAUGGUUUGCUUUAAGUGAGGAUGUCACUACUGUUUUCUUUACUGUGACCAAUAAACAACAUGAAAAUAUUUCGUAAUGUUUUUAUU